UUUUCACUAUCUGAACGAACAAAAUGACCAACUCGAAAGGUUAUCGUCGUGGUACGAGGGACAUGUUCUCUCGUCCCUUCCGCAAGCACGGAACCAUCCCGCUGUCUACUUACCUUAAAGUAUACAAAGCCGGCGACUAUGUGGAUAUUAAGGGACAUGGCGCUGUUCACAAGGGCAUGCCCUACAAGGCGUACCAUGGCAAAACUGGCCGAGUGUACAACGUAACCAAACACGCGCUGGGUGUGAUUGUCAACAAGCGCGUUCGGGGCAAGAUUCUUGCCAAGCGCAUCAACGUCCGUGUGGAACACGUCAACCCAUCCCGUUGCCGCGAAGAUUUCCUGCGUCGGGUAAAGGAAAACGAUAAGGUUCGUCAUGAAGUUAAGACCAAGAACCCGAAGGCCAAGAUUUGCUUGAAGCGAAAACCGGCCCCUCCCCGCGGUGAGCAAGUGAUCGUGAAUCCUCCAGAACCGGUGUUCCUGGCACCUAUUCCAUACGAAUUCAUUGCGUAAUGCUAUUUUGGUGUACGUUGAAUAAGCUAAUACAAAACCAAUCUAAU